AUGGCGCGACCACGACUGAAUAACUGGUGGGUCCCUGGCGAGGGCAUCACCAGAGUCGUCAUCCAAGCCGAUAUCCAGCGCUACCUAGGGCCCGAUGCCCUCGUCAAGCCAGGAGAGAACGAGGGCAGGCCAGGUUAUUGGGUCACGGCCUAUCGUACGCUUACUUCGGAAAUGAUCAAUGAUCUGAAGCUUGACACCCAGAGGUGGGAAAGAGAGCAAGAACAGAUCGGUCGCAGAGGUAGUCCUCUUGUGCGAGAAGGCAAGUCGAGACACCCUGACUUUUCUGCAGGACAGCAAGAUCAGUUGGCUGCCUAUCGGGACUCGACAAUACACCAGUCCCGCCAGUACUACGGCCCCACUGGUGACGAUCCAUAUGGCGGACGCCAGCAGCAACAGACUCAGUCCCGCAGCGGAUACGAUCAGUCCCCCAACUACACACAUUCAAAUCCCCAGCAGAGUUACAACACCACUUCCCAACCUCAAGGAUACAGCCCGGUCCAGCCUGGUUACAGCAGCGAGCCCAGGACUACACAAUCCAUCCCACAGUACAGUACAGGAUAUCCCCAACAACCUGGCCGAUCAGAACAUCCCGGAUAUAGCACCCAGCAGGCCCACCCAGGAUACUCACAACCACAAUACAGCUACAGCCCACAAACCCAACAGGCGCCACCGCCUCCAAGCAGGUAUUUUGGUUACUUCGCCGACGACUUUUUGGUAUAUCGCUAA